AUGUCGGCAACGCCACUUACCUACUUCCAGGCAUCCAAAGGCAGUAACCCAAAAGCAGCUAUGUAUGGACAGCUGGUGACCCAGGACCAGCUUGUCGGCAUGGGCGCUGGGACCCAAGACCCAGAUGCCGACCUAGUCGCUCUGGAAUCUCGCAUUCCAGGGAAGAUUCGGGAGCCCAGUCAUGCCCCUCUCCGGCGACUCAGCGUGGAUCUCAUAAAGACCUACAAGCAUAUAAAUGAAGUUUACUAUGCAAAAAAGAAACGGCGUGCUCAACAGUCUCAAAAUGAAGAUUCCACAAAUAAAAAAGAGAAGAAAGUAUAUAAUGAUGGUUAUGAUGAUGAAAACCAUGAUUACAUCGUUCGGAAUGGGGAAUUUAUAGAACGUUAUGAAAUUGAUUGUCUCAUUGGCAAAGGUUCAUUUGGUCAGGUUGUGAAAGCAUUUGAUCAUGAAGAACAAUGUCAUGUAGCCAUCAAAAUCAUAAAAAAUAAGAAACCUUUUCUAAAUCAAGCUCAAAUAGAAGUAAAAUUAUUAGAACUUAUGAAUCAUGAAGAAGUUAAUGAUAGUUUUUAUCAACUUGGCAAAGAAAAAAUUGUAAUUAAAUUAAAAAGGCAUUUCAUGUGGAAAAACCAUUUGUGUUUAGUUUUUGAACUCCUUUCAUAUAAUUUAUAUGACCUGUUACGAAAUACAAACUUUCGUGGUGUGUCUCUCAACCUGACUAGAAAAUUUGCUCAGCAAAUGUGCACAGCACUAUUGUUCCUCUCUCAUCCCAAUCUCAAAAUUAUACAUUGUGAUUUAAAGCCAGAAAAUAUUCUCCUCUGCAACCCCAAAAGAAGUGCAAUCAAAGUAGUUGACUUUGGAAGUUCUUGUCAACUUGGACAAAGAAUUUAUCAAUACAUUCAAAGCAGGUUUUAUAGGUCACCUGAAGUUCUAUUAGGCAUUCCUUAUGAUAUGGCUAUUGAUAUUUGGAGCUUGGGCUGUAUUUUAGUUGAGAUGCAUACUGGUGAACCUCUUUUUAGUGGAGCUAAUGAGGUGGAUCAGAUGAACAAAAUUAUUGAAGUUAUUUCCAUGCCACCAAAACCAAUACUUGAUCAAGGCCAUAAGUCUAGGAAGUUUUUUGAAAAACUAGUUAAUGGCACCUAUGUGAUGAAAAAAUUGAAAGAUGGAAAGAAAUAUCGAGCACCAGGGUCCAGAAAGCUUCAUGAUAUUCUUGGAGUGGAAUCUGGUGGUCCUGGUGGUCGGCGGCAAGGAGAGCCUGGACACAGUGUGUCUGAUUACCUGAAGUUUAAGGAUCUGAUAUUGAGGAUGUUGGACUAUGACCCAAAAACACGAAUUACUCCUUAUCAUGCUCUGCAGCAUAGCUUCUUUAAGCGAACAGCUGACGGAAGCACGAACACUCUCCAUAACACUAUUCUUAGCCCACCAAUGCUGGAGCCUGCGGAUCAUGAUUCCCAAGAAGAUCCGGAUAGGAAAUUGAGUGAAAGAUCAAAAAAAGAUGAACUUUCUCAUUUUCAAUCUUGUUCAAGUUUUGGAUCAACAGAUGUUCCGGCUUUCAGCGACCACUCUCUGAUCAAUCCUAUACACCAGCAACAGAGCAGCUGCACUCAAACGAAUGUGUUCAGCGCGCCCGUAGCCGGGACGUCGGCCAUGGACUGCGAGAGCCCCCACGUGGGCACCUGCUUCCUACCGACAGGCAACCGGUGCUUACACAAGAACCACCUGUUCUACGCCUGCGGCGCCUUCAGCUCGACCGCCGUGUCCUCGAGGCAGGCGGCCGACGGCGACUACCACCUGCAGUCCGGCGAAAACUCAGGACCUGUACAUAGUUUCGAAUAUCAAAAGAACCUUCACUCAUCCCACUUCAAGGACGCGGUGGACGGCUCGGAGCGAGACGCCAGGAGCCACCCGUCUUCCUCUUUUUCUAGGACUUCCGUGUCUUCCGAACUCACCCCCAUGGACACGUCCAUAUUCGCCGUUCCGCAGGCGCUGGACUGUUCCCCGAUGGGCUCACUGAACGUGCAGCUCGGUAGUCAUCAUCAGUUUUCGUACAUAGACCCCGCGUUCAGCGAAGCCAGCAUAUAUGUGAACACUCACGUGCCGCCCAGCACGACGGCGGCGUCUCAGCCUUCUUCGGUACAGCUGUCCUCGCAGAAAGAGACGCAGGAGGCGGACGGCUCCGCAGAGACUUACUCCAACCCAAGCUCACUCAUAACUCAUUAA